AUGGCAAGCCCUGCUAGAGUACUACAGAAGAGAAAAUCAAGUACAGACCGGUCAAUAUCACCCCCACCAUUGCGUCGCAAAGUACAGUCUACGACAACGCGUAAGCUUCACAAGAACGUUUGACGAAUUAUAAUUGAAACUACUUUUAGAGACUGCUGUUGCAACAUUCUUUACGCCUACAUCGCAAAAGCCACCUGAAAAGAUUUCCUGGCAAGGACGCGCUCCAAAUGAUGAUACACCAAGCACGCUCUUGGUUGGCAAAUUUGAACCACCAACCAGCUCAGUUACAGAGGUAUCAUCACCCAAUCUGAAAAGAAACAAAGUUGCUGCUUUUGAUUUUGUGAGUACUGGCUUCGCACCCUUUGAAGCAAAGCCCUAAUAAUAUCUCACAACAGGACUCAACUCUCAUACAAACAUCCUCUGGCAAGAAGCAUUCUAGUAACGCUCAGGACUGGAAGUGGUGGCAUCCAUCGGUUCCUGGUAUUCUGAGAAAACUAUACUUGGAGGAUGGGUCGGUAACACAUUACCUCGUAUAUACUUCUGAGUUACUGAAUAUUUUGCAGUUUUCGUGUCGUUGUGAUCAGCAACCAGGGUGGUAUUUCCCUCAAAACGGACCCCAAAUCCCCCAAAGUUCGACUUGCGGACUUCAAGGCGAAAGUUUCUGCGGUUUUGAAUCGUCUCAAUAUUCCAGUGGGUAUUUAUGCAGCAACAGAGAAUGACAUAUAUCGAAAGCCACGAACGGGCAUGUGGAAUGAAUUACUUGAAGAUUACGACAUUCACCUUCCAGGUGACCUUAAUCUUCGAGAGUCCAUCUUUGUUGGAGAUGCUGCCGGGCGCCACGCCAGUACUGGAAAAUCAAAGGACUUUGCUUGCUCGGAUCGGUAAAGCUAUCUGGGUCUCGACGUUGUAUUGAUCGUUAAUACUUUGUAGGAAUUUUGCCGAGAACGUCGGGAUCAAAUUCUAUACCCCCGAAGAAUAUUUUCUCAAAGAAACAUCAAGACCAUUUACUCGCACAUUUGAGCCAGAAGAUCACUGCUCUAGAAACACUACAGGUUGGGAUCAUGAAGCUUUGCCUGCUAUUGAUUUAUUUUUGACAUUGUCCUAGUGUCUCCAAAGUACGAAAAAGUUAACCCGACAGAGGUAGCCAUUUUCUGUGGUAGUCCCGGAGCUGGAAAAUCUACAUUUUAUUGGAAGCAAUUGGAACCUCUUGGUUAUGCUAGAGUGAACCAAGAUAUCCUCAAAACAGUAUGUGCUGCGUUUGCCAGUGGUUACAGAGUAUAAACUAACAUCUAACGAGCGAGACAAAUGCUUCAAAGCUGCUGAACAGUAUUUAAAUGAGGGUACGUCUGUGGUUGUGGGUGAGUAGUUGUGCUUGCACUGCAUUCAUAUGAUGGCAGCGGAACUGACACCUUCUAGACAAUACAAAUGCGGAUCGAGAUAUUCGAAGCAAAUGGGUAGCAUUAGCUGCCAAGUAUUCCGUACCGAUCCGCUGUGUCCAUUUUUUAGCAGGCGUACAAGUAUGCGAGCACAACGAUGCUGUGCGAGCCCUAAAUCAAACCGUAUGUCCUCUUCACUCUAAUGGAUUUUCUUCGCCAUUGACGAGAAAGGUUCAUGACAUCCUUCCUGGAUAUGACAUUCUAAUCCGACACAGAUGAACCCAGAAAAGAGAAAAUUACUCCCUAAAUUAGCCUUUACAAGCUUCACGUCGAGAUUUCAAAAACCAGAAUUGACCGAAGGAUUCCAGGAUAUUAUAGAAGUACCAUUCAAGGUACGUCUCACGGCAUACAUUUUCCCCCCUGUACGUCUAAUGCUGAGGUCAUAAGUUUGAGGGAAGCGAAGCCCAACGAGAAAUAUGGUCUCAACAUUGGGUUUGAAAGAUUAUUCAAUGAUCUUGAUAAGACCAGAGUGCACGAACGUGGCAUAUUUCACAUGGCGUUCAUAUUAUCCGAGGAAGGCAUACAUUUAUCCUAAUACUGUCCCUCGUUGACUUGCGAAUUUGCUUCGCCCGAUUGGCGACAAUGAUGGGCUGCAGCAAUGUUACAAUAACUGUAUGCCUGUAUCUGUCCGUCUUUCACCUCAACAAAAGGGGGAUUUCUAAUUUACAACAUUGAAAAUUGCUCGUCAAUGUGAUGCGAAAGUUUAGCUAUGUUUUAACAUAAAGUGUUCUAUUUUGGUGAGAAGCUCACGAAUUGACAUUUCUUCCCUUGCUUUUACUCUUGGCUGGUUAGCAAAAGGAGCCUUUAAAAGUGUUGGUUUGGGAUGCGACGGUGCACUCCAUGCGAGGACCGGCUAAAUCAGGAGGUUGGGUCGGUAUCUCGACCACGCCGAUCCAACCCUUCACUGAGCGGCCUCAGAGACCGACCAGAAAAUCAGGCCAGUACAAGGGCCUAUGCUUUUCAAGAUGAACUUGGAAUCACUAUUAGAUUGUAGAUGUAAAAUUAAGAGGCUUUUCCGAGUUAGAGUGGCUUCAAUGCACCAGACACUACCAUUGAGUGUAAAUUGGAUGUGUGGUUGUUGGGUAUGCCGUACUAGUUGUGAAAUGCGAGAACAUAUGCGACAUAGUCGAAGGAUCACCAAUUUAUCUUAUAGAGAGUGUUUU